AUGAGGCUCCUGGGGAGUCUCCUCUACUCCAGCCCCGAGUUUAGGAAGCUGCUGAACGACGUCACAAUCGUCUCCCGCGACAUAUUCGCCGAUGCCGCCUCCUUCGCCGCGAACGUUGCCAGUUCCGCGGCGGAAAAGGCUCGCCCGGGAGGAGACAUCUCGCAAAUUGAGCAACCCGCCGAAUCUGCUCUCGGCGAUCCAAACACAAGUCCGGACAUCCCCUCCGCAUCACGAAUCCGCUCUAUGGCAAAGGAUAAGGGAAUCUCCUAUACGGAAGCCCUCCGCAAGCAGACUACCCAGUCACGCUACGACGUGGAGUCCUACCUGCGAGAGAAAUUCCCGAAACAGCGUCGGGACGCGGUGAUUAAUAGGCUGAAGAGCACGAUAGGCGAGAUCCAGAAGAACUCUGACUUCAACGAUACCGUGGACUUUUUGAUUGAGAUGGCGCAAAAAUACAUUGGUGGGAUUACGGACAGUCUUGAUAAGGAAACCAGCGUACAGAAGCCUGCGAUCCAUACAGAUGAGCACUUUGACCGGGCGGUUCAGGAUAUGAGGGCAAUUCUAAUGGUCUUCGCGGACGGCAAACCUCUCGACGACAUCCACUCCGCCACCAAAAAGGUUAUCCAAGACAUUCAAUCGGAUGAAGACCUCCGCAGCUUCUACAGCGACAUCUCAAACUUCCUCAACCGAGCCCUUAAGGAAAAAGACUUUAUUGCCUCCGAUGCGGCCGACGCGGAGGCACACGCUCUGUACGACCGCUCCACCACCCUCCUGAAAGAAAAGACAGAUGCCUACCAGCCAGACAUGCACGCCCUCUUCCAAGAAAUAACCUCCUUUCUAAACGCCAUCUCUCAGGACCGCGAGAACCGCCGAGUCAUCGAGUCCUCCAAGAAGGUCUUCAAUGACCUCGUAAUCCUAGACUCCCAGGGCAAAUUCAAAGGCUUCAAACGCCGUGUGGUGCACGACAUCCUGGACGUCCUAUUACCCAGGCUCGUCGGCGAGGUGCGCUACGUACCAAUCCCUAGAGUAGAGUAUCAAGAUCGGGACUACGACCUCAUCCUCGAGAAUCUGAUCCUCGAAAGCGACCAUUUCAUCCCUUACAAGAUGCUCUUCGAGACCGUUACCCGAGCAGAGUUCGUGAACGAGUACGUCUUCUCCAGCCACUACUCUGGAACCAGCAAGCUGCGCCUUCAGGGGAUCACCAUGUUCGCAAAGGACAUGGCCUUCAUAGUCCGGAAGAAGACCGGCCUGGUUACAUUCCAAGACCGCGGGUUCCUGGACGUGUAUUUAGACGGCAGGGGUGCCGAUGCCGAGAUCAUCCUUGAAAGCCACUCCGAGGACGAGGAAGACGACGGUGACGAUGGCGAUGGUGUGUACGGCAGCGGACGCUACUUCCAGGUGAAGAGUGUGAAAGUCAACAUCCACAACUUCAGGUACAAGUACAAUGCGUACCACACCUGGGCUGCGGCAUUGCUAUCUCCAAUCGUCCGCCCGAUGGUGCGGAAGCUGGUUGCGAGCAUACUGGAGCAGAAGAUAAAGUACACGUUCGAGAUGGCCGAUAGGGAGAUCCGUGGUGUUGUGGAGCGCAUGAGGGUUGCGUCCAUUGCCACCAGCGGCGGUGGGAGCCUCGAAGGGUGGAUCGAAGCGAUCCUUUCGCGUCCGCCGGGACACAGAGGUGGAGGUGUGAGCGGUGUAGGGGGGAGGGGUGCGAGGGCGGGAGCUGGUGGUUACAGGGUUAAUAUCGGGGAGGACGAUAUAUUCCCCGGCGAAUUCCCGCCGGGUGGGAUUGUUGGCAAGAUUAAGGACUCCACUGAGAGGGUUGUAGCCCUUGGCGAGGAGGGAGGGUGGAGGAAUGAUGUUUUCAAUCUUGGGACGUGAAGCAAUUAUGCAAUGUGGGCGAGUUGGGGUAUCAUACCGGGAGAGAAACUAAAAUCGAACACUUGAGGAGGGGGAGGAGGUUCAUUUGUCAAUCAAAUUGCAAGGUCUGCCUAUCAUAAUAUUAUCAACUGUCUUUUUUCCUCUUCUUUCCUAUUCUUUUCUUUCAAAUUUAUGGAGAUGGUCUAUGACUGCGGGAAUGUUAGGUAUUCAGUGGCAAGUCGCCUUUCAAAUACUCGACAUGUGAGUAUGAUAAAUCGGUCAGACUCCCGUAUAGGUAUCACAUCAUUGCAAGUAUCAUACCGAUGAAUCAAUGGGAGCCCCGAUUGCACAGUAUCGCCAUAACCACUUGAAAUAAUCGAUACCAUACCUUCACCUUACCGUUUCCACACACCCACACCCGCGCCAUGCAUGGUCUAUUCCCACUCCCGUGGAAUGCCAACCAGCCGCAUUUACGGCACUGCACUUGUAGAUGAGCGCUGCUGUCGUGGUGCACUGUGCCAGAACAUGGACUCGACGGUGCAUUAUCGAAGUAGCUGCCACUACAGUACCAUAGUUACUGUGCGAAUUCGGCAGGAUUGGGUAAUUGAAGGUGGUUGUUUGUCGGGGGUUAUAUAAUAAUAUCUCAUCUUGUGUACUGUACUGUACCCGAAGAUCAUUCAGUCUAUCUAGACUAUCAUACCUGGAAAAA